AAAAUACUGUCUUAUGAAGAAUCACAUUCAGUGGUUGUGAAAAUAGAUGAAAGAUUAUUCACUAUAGUUAUUCGAGGUCUAAUGGCAGAUAUAAAUGAAGUUAGUAGCAGAAUCAACAGUAUAUUACGCAAUGCAUUAACCAAAGAACAUGAAGCGAAAUAUUCAGCUGUAUUAAAAGAUGUUAUUCAAUGGAGUUGGUUAGAUAAUGGGAAAAGAAAAGAAUAUCCUAAAUUUGCGAACACUAAAAUUGAAGGGGCAUAUGUCAGUAAAGAUUCAGAUUUCAAAUUGAAGUAUUCAAAUCAAAAGUUAACAUUUGAUUUUGAUAAUAUGGAAGUAAUUGAUGAACAUGGAAAAACAAACCCAUUGUUACGUCAAGAUAAGAUAAAAGCAACAGGAUUACCUACAACAUGGACAAUAACAAAUGACACAAAUUUGAACAUAAUUAAGUUACAAGCUGGAAGUCCCGAAUACAAACAAGUGGAGAGCAAUUUUAAUGCAACACUUGGAGGACCGGCCAUACCAAUAAUUGAAAGAAUAGAAAAUAGUUCAGUUUAUCAACAAUAUAUGGCCAAAAAGAAGCAUAUGGAAUUGGAAUUGAAAAACACGUCUGCUACAGUGGAGAAACCUGUAUUAUGGCAUGGUACUGAUCAACAGGCUGUACAUAAUAUCAAUAAUUAUGGUUUCAAUAGAAGUUAUUGUGGUAAAAAUGCCACUGCAUAUGGUCAAGGAGUUUAUUUUGCUGUUUCAUCGUCUUAUUCUGUUGGAUAUGCCAAGGGAGUACAAGGACAAAGGCAGAUGUACCAGUGUAAAGUGUUGGUGGGUGAAUAUACAAAAGGAAACAGUUCAUAUAGAGUUCCACCAGCAAAACAAGGAUUAUCUAGUGUUUCUAGUGUUUAUGAGUCUUUAGUUGAUAAUGUUAGUAAUCCAUCAAUGUUCGUUAUAUUCCAUGAUACCCAGGCUUAUCCUGAAUAUCUCAUAACAUUUUAA